UUGUGACGCACCUUGCUCUAUACCUGUAAUCAUCAACCUGAUCUGCGAUGUCGGUGGAAGCGUGCGCGAUGUACGGGCGGGACGUGUUUGGCUCGGAGCUGCUGCAGUACGGCGAGGAGUACCUGUGCGGCGGCGGCUGGUCGCCGGACUCGGGGCGCGCAUCGCUGGAGGGCGGCGCGUCCCCGCCCAGCGACGACGCCGAGCACAUCGCGUACCGCGGCGUGGAGGACGAGGGCGGGCGGCGGCGCGGGGCCAGCCCGGCCGUGCUGCGGCGCCGGCGCCUGGCCGCCAACGCGCGCGAGCGGCGCCGCAUGCAGAACCUCAACAAGGCCUUCGACCGCCUGCGCCUGCACCUGCCCUCGCUGGGCGCCGACCGCCAGCUCUCCAAGUACGAGACGCUGCAGAUGGCGCAGACCUACAUCGCCGCGCUCUACGACCUGCUGCAGUAGGCGCCCCCGGUGCCUGUGGGCGUCGCACACCGGCUGCAAGCGACCCCACUGCCGCCAGCACGCGCGACAGCACAUAGUGAAAUUAGACUCUUUAAAUGUUGCAGAAGUUAGAAGUUACAGGGAUAUUAUUUAUUCUAGAAUCUAAGAGAUCAAUUUACCAGAAAUACUCAAGACGUUACCACCUAGCUAAAAGUAAAGUAUGUUUCUUUACUCUUCUUUAAUUUUAAGUUUCGGUGUUGAAUUUCGAGUCCAGUUUCAAGUUGCUUGAAAGUGUUUACGCUUAUUUCGUUAUAAUGAGUCCGCCGCAGAGGUUGUAGUGGCCGAGUCCGUCCUCUGCCGAGUGUCAUCUUGCCGACAAGUAUUAUUGAACCCAAACCCCCGGCAGCCUCCAGCACCAGCCCGCAGCCACAUGCCGCGGGGGUAGCGGAGGCUGCUCCGGGAACCACAAGACUGGGGACCGUAGAGUCACUAUUGUUAUGUAGAUAUUAUUGUAAGUGCUAUUAGAUUGUAAUUUGUUUGUGAAUAUUAUGUAAUUUUAGCAAAGACAAUUUAUGA